CGGAGCAGGGCCGGGGUCGCAGGCACCGGAGCCCGAGAGGCGGGACCGGAGCUGGGGGCGGAGCUUCGGGACCAGCGGGGCUGCGUACCGGGACCCCCGGGGACGGAGACGCGCGCCCCUCUCCAAUCCCACGUCGCCUCGCAGCGUCCCGGCGGGGAGGAGCCGGCAACCCGGAGUCACUCGGCGUCGCCAAAGUUUGAUUCUCCUCCCCGGGAGGAGUCUCCGGGCCGCGGUCCCUCCGGGCACCGGGCGCCACCCGCCUCCCAGGCCGGGACCCACGUCUCCAUCGCUCGGUGUCGGAGCCGCAAGUCGGGAGGCGCCGCGGGCCUGCGCACGCGCCGCCGCCCUCGCCAUCCUCCCCGCGGUGCUCCAGGCCCCCCCCCGCCCCCCAAGUUCACGAGUUACGCGAGUGGACCGGCGGUGCGGGACCCGCGCGGGGCCAUGGAGGAGCCGCUAGGGUCGCCGCCUGCCGCCCUGUCGGCGCUGGAGAAGAACGUGGCGGAGCUGACCGUCAUGGAUGUGUACGACAUCGCGUCGCUCGUGGGCCACGAGUUCGAGAGGGUCAUCGACCAGCACGGCUGCGAGUCCAUCGCGCGCCUCAUGCCCAAGGUCGUGAGGGUCCUGGAGAUCCUCGAGGUGCUGGUGAGCCGGCACCACGUCGCUCCCGAGCUGGACGAACUGCGCCUGGAGCUGGACCGGCUGCGCGUGGAGAGGAUGGACCGCAUUGAGAAGGAGCGCAAGCAUCAGAAGGAGCUGGAGCUGGUGGAGGAUGUGUGGCGGGGCGAGGCGCAGGACCUCCUGUCCCAGAUUGCCCAGCUGCAAGAGGAGAAUAAGCAACUGUUGACCAACCUCAACCACAAGGACAUGGGCUUCUCUGAGGAGGAGUUCCAGAAGCAGGAAGGCAUGUCAGAGCGGGAACGGCAGGUGAUGAAGAGGCUGAAGGAAGUGGUGGACAAGCAGAGGGACGAGAUCCGAGCCAAAGACAGGGAGCUUGGCCUGAAGAAUGAGGACGUCGAGGCUCUGCAGCAGCAGCAGACGAGGCUGAUGAAGAUCAACCAUGACCUGCGGCACCGGGUCACAGUGGUGGAGGCCCAGGGGAAGGCCUUGAUUGAGCAGAAGGUGGAGCUUGAGGCAGAUCUGCAGACCAAGGAGCAGGAGAUGGGCAGCCUGCGGGCAGAACUCGGGAAGCUGAGGGAGAGGCUGCAGGGCGAGCACAGCCAGAACGGGGAGGAGGAGGCCAAGAUACAGCUGCAGGUGGAUGGAGAGGAGUGCAUCUCAGACUCAGAGAAGGCUGCCCUGGACCUCAAGGACCCCAACCGCCCUCGGUUCACGCUACAGGAGCUGCGGGACGUGCUGCAUGAGAGGAAUGAGCUUAAGUCUAAGGUGUUCCUGCUGCAAGAGGAGCUGGCCUACUAUAAGAGCGAAGAAAUAGAAGAGGAGAAUCGAAUACCCCAGCCUCCGCCCAUCAUACACCCGAGAACGUCCCCCCAGCCGGAGUCUGGGAUCAAGCGACUUAAAGAAGGUCCUUUAAGUGACGGGUUUAGCUUUUUCUCCCGGGACAAGAAGCGCCUGGCCAACGCGCAGAGACCCACGCACAUCCAUGAGUCUUUUGGCCAGUGGGCACACACUCACCGAGAUGACGGGUACACAGAGCAAGGACAGGAAGCCCUGCAGCACCUGUGACUGUGCCCCCCUCCUGGACCGCCUGCCGCCUGCUCUGGGUGGCUGCCUCCACAUCGACCCCUCAAACGAACUGUCUGCUUUGAGGAUGGAUGAGGAAGAACUGAUGCCAAAACCUAAAGAAGUGUUUAUUUAUCUGCAGGGCUAUCCGAUUUAUACUCAAUGCCUCUGACCCCUUAGGACCUAUAUUUAAUAAGACAAGGAUCUAAAGCCAGACCUCAUUAAUUUUAGUCACAAGCUUCCUAAGCUGAACACAUCACUUACCACUAUGAUGGCUAUUUGACUCCUAGCUUUAGUUUGUUUUGUUUUCUUAGGGCCUUUGUCAUGUUAGUGAAAGGCAGUGGAAGGGGCGUUUUAUAUUAUGAAGUGGCCCUGGAGGUAGCAGGUUGUAUGGACUGGACAGGUGGAGCCUCUAGUCACAGGAUGAGCCACCCAACUUGGAUGGGACACAAGAGCAAAUCAUCACAGUCCCCCCAGCCACGGGCCACGGCUGGGAAAAGUCUCGGGAUGGUCACUCGCCGCGCCUGGUAAGGUUAGAGGCCGAAGCAGCCUGUCCGAGGUGGUGUGCCUUGGAAUCUGCUGUGAGCACCACAGUAGUACUAACCAAACAGAGUUGUUUA